UCUUCUGCACACGAAUUUCCAUUCUUGCCCCCCACAGAUGCCUCAUUCUCCUUUCGACUUCAGCGGGUGGCGAUGGCGUCUAGGGACUCACUCCAUCGCUCCACCGCCACCGCCGACCUCCUCCUCGGCGACGCGCACUGGGACCGCUUCCAGGAGGCCGUCCUCGAGCUCAGGCAUGACGUCACCGAGGCGCAGGCGGUGCUGCGGAGGGGCAACGCCGCAAGGCGAGGCUCGCGGCCGCCGUCAGGUCCCAAUGCUGGGCCGAAGGAGCUCUGCCGCCUCGCCUCCGCCACUGCGGCUGCCACCAAGCACUUGUCGCCGCGCCUCAGCUUUGGCUCCAUCGCCGAGGAAAUCGAGAUGGCCGCCGCGGCAUCCAUUGCUGUGUUCAUGACAACCAUGUUCAUGUUGUGGCCAUGGCAUCCUCAUGCAAGAAGACGCCAGCAUUUGUGGCCUUUGCAUAGAAGGCCUCGCCAGAGACGCGGAGGUAUCUCUUGACAAGUUUGAGGAGUUGGAUCAAUGCAUCGAUGAGUCCAAGAGCAGCUACCCAAGGUGUUCAGUAGUGUUCUUCAGACGGAAUGGAAGCAUUGUAUUCUUACAAGAAGAUUUUCUUCCAACCCACAGAUGAUUGGAGUUGCUUCUUACUGAUGAUUGGAGUAUCAGAUUAUCAGUAAAUCACAUUAUACUGGCAAUUUGAGUAAAUUGAAAUAUUGUGACUUGGAAGAAAUUUAAGAUGAGAUGAGAGAUUUUAACAGUAUCGCCUUUAAAGGCAACAAAUGGAAUUUUGCAAUUCCAUCAUCAUAGAGAAAAGAAAGGAGUACAUGUCAUUCUCAGACACAUCCCACAUUCCAUCAUUCCAGCAUCUUUACAACUCAUGCAUAAAAAUAGAGUUUUUACUCCAGCAAAAAUAUCUCAAAUCAUUCUUAAAGUGGAGUUUGCCCAAAUUGAGUUCUGAAACAUGAAUGGCCUUUUAAUUCUUCUUCUUCUGGCCACAUUGGAAGGAAUUCACUGUCAUUCUUAGACAGUUAUAUCAUGAUGACAAAGCAUAAUUUUACUAAGAUUGUUCAACCAUAAUUUGGUUAUACCACCUGAACUAUGAGCAGGCGAAUAAAAGCAAGAAGAUGCAGAGGCCAUCAAUCACGUCGUCAUAUUGCAUGAAAAGUCAACAGCCAAUUGUUGAAGAAAUGCUAUGUGUAAUCAUCCACAUGGUAACAGAGUGCUGAAUUUGGUCUGAACUUAUCUCUGAAUUUCACCAAAUGUUCUUUCUGAAUUUAGUCUCAGCUCGAUCUCCUCUCUAGACCAUAUGUUUAGCAUCCAUGUCAAAUGUGCACUAAUCUGCAGCAUACACGAGAGAGAGAGAGAGAGAGAGAGAGAGAGAGAGAGAGAGAGAGAGAAACUGCGCACACAUUGUUCUCAGGAACAAUAUCAUCUCAAGAUUCACAAACCAGGUUCAGGAACAGUACCAACAUCGUUGACCUGAAGGCUGAAGCAUGGCCGCCCGGGAAACCGAAGGACUCAUCCGAGGAGGCGGGGACGGCGCCGCGGCCACCGACGACAAUCUGCAACUGGCGUCGCCUUGCUCCAUGGCCGCCUGCUCCGCCUUGCUCCUUGGCUGCCAUCCCGCCUCGCUCUAUGUCUGCUUGCCGCCUUGCCCUACCCUGCCUUGCCCUGCUUGAUGGCUGUGUCGCUGCCGUCGUCAGCCUGCUGUGUAGCAGUUGGAGAGUGCUGGUGGAGUGAUAGUCCGCCGCCGGACUCAUCCGAGGUGCCACCGGCAGUGCUCGUCUCGCCGCCGGCGCGCGUGGAGGAAACACCGUAGCGCAAAGGAGAUAAGAACGAAGGGCAAAAGAGUCAAUUUGCAGCUUCCUUAAUUUCCUCAAUCGUGUCGG